CUGAAUUGAGCUUGUCCUUCGUCUUUCCUCCAAUCCCCCCUUCUUGAUUUCGCAGCCUACCGACCUUUCAAGGUUUUAAUCGAUCGCCUUCGUACAGGCGAUUAUCCACUCUUUCGUAUUAGUCCUAUCAAUAACGCAGGGAAAUUCAUAGCUACUGCUUCAUCUAUCUAACUUCAUACAUUCAGCUUUGCCAUCUUGGUUGAAGCACGUGAAUGGUAGAAGUGUACAUGCUUUGGAACUGAUUUCUUGUGAACUUCAGCAGUUGAGAAGAGAAAACUUGUUUCCUAGAGCUCUUUGGGAUUUAUUGAUUUAAGCUUUAGAUGGCAACUAGAAGGAAUGUGCGUUACACUCCACUUUCAGUUGAAGAUGAUGGUGAUUAUAAUGGAAGGGGUCACGAUCCUCGAUAUGACUAUUCUCCAAAGUCCCUUGAUAGAGUCCCAUGGAAAUCCAUUGCUCUUGCAUUAUUCCUGCUAGGUCUUGGAUGCACCCUUCUAUGUCUUUCCUACUUCAUUUUCACAGGUCAUAUGGGCGGUGAUAAUUCUCAAGCUUAUGGCCUUUUAGGGCUUGGAUUUCUUACUUUUCUCCCAGGAUUUUACGAGACACGAAUUGCAUAUUACUCGUGGAGAGGCGCAACAGGCUUUCGGUUUGCUUCGAUACCAGAUUACUGAAGAAGAAAUCCUCUGUUGAAUCUCAAGUGUAUUCUGUCACUAAACAGGUUUCUUUGUAUAAUCAAUUUUAUGCAUACAAAGAUUAUGUUUGAUCUCUUGAGUAGUUUUAAUUUGAUUGGAAUGAUCUUUGAUAAAUGCCAAUGAGAUGACACAAUUUCGCCAUAUUAUAAUGUUUUGGAUAUAUAUAUUUCUUGUUUGAGAA